CACUUUUGCUAGACCCCUGUGUACAGUCCAACAGAAGUGGCACCAUGUCCUCCAAUCUCAUGCCUCUCCUAUGUCUAGGAUUCUACCUAGGCCACAGGACCUUCACACACAUGGGUGGUCACAACCAGCCUUCCCUGUCAGCCUCGCCGAGCCCUGUGGUCCCCCUAGGAGGACAUGUGACACUUCGCUGUUAUUCCCACCUUUCAUUUGUCAUAGUCAAACUAUCCAAAAGAGUUGGGAGCAACAUCUCUGAGAUCUACAGUGUCCUUUCUCACAACACCUUUGCCUUCAACCCGGUCACCACAGCACAUGCAGGGACCUACAGAUGUUCUGUAUCUUACACCCAGAAUCCCUCUGUGUGGUCAGCACUCAGCGAACCCCUGGAGAUCAUGGUCACAGGUGUGUUCAGGAAACCCUCCAUCUCAGCAUUCCCAAGCUCCUUAGUGCACACAGGAAGCAGUGUGACCCUGAGCUGUCUCUCAGAACUGGACUUUGAUAAAUUUAUCCUGCACAAGGAUGGGACCACACAGCAUUCCCAGCUGCCUGCCAAGAGGGUCCAUGCUGAGCUCCCCUACACCCAGGCUGACUUCUCCAUAGAUACCAUGAUGCCCACCCAUGCAGGGACCUACAGAUGCUACGGUUCUCUCAGUCACUCUCCCUGUCAGUGGUCAGCUCCCAGUGACCCCCUGGACGUUGUGAUCACCGGACAAUAUGAAAAGCCUUCUCUCUCCACCCAUGUGGGCCCCACGAUGGGCUCAGGAGAGAACAUGACCUUGUCCUGCAGCUCUAAGACCCGAUUUGACAAGUACCAUCUGUCCAGGGAGGGGGAGGCCCAUGACCGCUGGCUCAGUGAACGCCAGAGCCACAAUGGAACAUUCCAAGUCUACCUACCUCUGGGCUCUGAAACCCCUUCCCACGGAGGGACCUAUAGAUGCUACGGCUACUUCUAUUUCUCCCCCCAUAAGUGGUCAUCCCCAAGUGACCCCCUGCACCUUUCAGUCACAGGAACCCCUAAGAGUACUUGUCUAUCACCCAUAGAAUCAACCUCCAAAUCCAAAGCAGGUCCACCUCCAGGACAGUUCCAUAAACAGGACAUUCUCAUUGGACUCUCAGGAGUCAUCAUCUCCAUUGGCAUUUUCCUCUCUGUUCUUCUUGGUUACUGGUGUUCUACCAAAAAUCAUCCUGCCAUCAUGGACACAGAGCCCAUGGAAGUCCAAAUAAUGGAGAGAAAUGACCCUGCAGCAGAAGAAACACAGGAGAUAGUAUAUGCUCAGCUAAACCAGCACGCACUCACACGGAGAGAAUUCAGUCUCACUUCCCAGUGUUCCAGAUACCGCUUGGAUGAGCCCAGUACCUGGGUGGACCUCCACACUUGCCACGUGGACCACGCUGAGGCCAGACCUGACCCUGGUCUCUGAACAUGCAGAGCAUUGCCACGCAAGGUCCUGGUUCCAGCCCCAGGAGGAUUUCCUCCAUGGACGCUCAUCCUCCUUCUCAAACCAUGACAACAUCUCUGGGUAACAACAGUAGAGUCAGAAUACUUGUGGAUCAUCUUAAAAUCCCAGAGGACCUUCCUAGACACCCAGCUAUUCUAGGACUCUAUUUUGAGUAACCUGUCAUUUAAGGAGGUUACUCACCCACACAUUCUGCACAUCUCAUUAUUACCAUCUUUUUAUGAAACUCUAUGAAGUGAUUCUAGAACGCUUGAUGUGUAUGCUCAGCCAGUUUAGUCUUCAAAUUACUCAAUAAAGUUUUGCAGAGAUGAAGUGUAUUCGACAUCACUACUUUUGAA